GUUAAAGCCUCGUUUUCCCGUCUAAAAUUUCACCGUCGAAUUCGCCAUCCAUCACUAGCUUCGUCGUUCCGUAAACCCAUCAACCCAACCAAAGCUUUUGCCAUCAUCACCCACCAUACCCAUUUUCUCAAAGCUCUCGCUCUCUAUAAUGCCGCGUUUGGAAAGCUAGAAAGUUCUAGGAAAUUCAGCUUAAACACAACAAGGGUAGGAGGGAAAGAUUUGGGAUUUAUCCGAUUGGUUGAUGUGCAGAAGAUUUGGUUUUUAUUUAUUUAUUUUGGGUGAGGUUUCUACAUUUGUUGCUCAUCAGUGAUUCGGAGUGGUUUUGGGGGUAAAGGGAUUUUUAUGCCAUUUUGAUUCAAUUGAUGGUAUGGGGAUGACAUGCAUUUGGUUUUAAGGCCUCUGUUCGUCAGAUCAUGGCCUUAAAGCGGUAUCUUUGGAUCGAAUCUUUGUGGAUCUUUCAUACCUGAAAGCUAUCCUCCAUGUUCGUUGUUUCUUCUAAGCUGUGUAAAAAGACGAAGGCGAAAAGAAAUAUAAAAAAAAACCUAAUUCGAGUCGAUCCGGAUCGUUUUUUCCGGGGAUGGACGUUCAUAGAUCAGCUGUGAAUUCUUCUCUACACAUUGAAUCUACUUUUAACUCUUCUGCUUCGCGAACGGGGAAUGCAGCAAAUUCUAUUCAAGAAGCGAGUCUAGCUGAUCGGGGCACGAGGCACGUCAGGUAUGGGUCGAGAGCCGCUGAUUCAGAAAUUUUUAGCAGUUCACAGAGAGAGAUCAAUGAUGCAUAUUCGAGGUUAAUCUAUUUAAAUGAUCCUGGGAAGACCAAUGAAAGGUUUGAGUUUUCCACGAAUUCGAUUAGGACAGGAAAGUAUUCAAUCCUCACAUUUUUACCCAGAAAUUUGUUUGAACAGUUUCAUAGAGUCGCAUACAUAUACUUCCUUGUGAUAGCUGUGCUCAAUCAGCUACCCCAGUUGGCCGUUUUUGGCCGGGGAGCUUCUAUAUUGCCUUUAGCUUUUGUUCUGCUAGUUACUACAGUUAAGGAUGCAUAUGAAGAUUAUAGGCGGCAUCGGUCUGAUCGAAUUGAGAACAAUCGGUUAGCUUUAGUUUUGAUUCGUAAUCAGUUCGAACCAAAGAAAUGGAAGGAUAUUCAAGUUGGAGAAAUCAUCAAAAUUCAGGCAAACGAAACUAUCCCUUGUGAUAUGGUUCUGCUUUCAACUAGUGAUCCAACUGGAGUCGCAUACGUACAGACAACCAAUUUGGAUGGAGAGUCUAAUUUGAAGACUCGGUAUGCGAAACAAGAAACGCUCUCAAAGUAUCCUGAGAAGGAGAAGGUUGGUGGGGUGAUUAGAUGUGAGAAGCCCGAAAGGAAUAUAUAUCAGUUCCAGGCAAAUUUGGAAAUUGAUGGGAGAAAACUUUCUUUAGGACCCUCCAAUGUUCUUCUUCGAGGUUGUGAGCUCAAGAAUACUGGUUGGGCUGUUGGGGUUGCAGUGUAUGCUGGUCGAGAGACAAAAGCUAUGCUUAAUAGCUCUGGAGCCUCAUGUAAGAGGAGCCGGCUUGAGAGCCGUAUGAAUUUUGAGAUCAUCAUCCUUUCUUUUGUUCUUAUUGCUUUGUGUACAGCUGUCUCUGUAUGUGCCGCUGUUUGGUUGAAGCACGAAAAGGAUGUGUUGAAUUACUUACCGUUUUACAGGAAAAAAGAUUUUUCAUCCGGGAAAGUGAGAGACUAUAACUAUUAUGGAUGGGGUUUGGAGAUAAUUUUCACUUUCCUCAUGUCUGUUAUUGUGUUCCAGAUUAUGAUCCCCAUUUCUCUUUACAUUUCCAUGGAGCUUGUCCGGGUUGGACAGGCUUAUUUUAUGAUUGGAGAUACACAGCUGUAUGACGAGGCCUCAAAUUCAAGAUUUCAAUGCAGAGCUUUGAACAUAAAUGAAGAUUUGGGACAAAUUAAGUAUAUAUUUUCAGAUAAAACGGGUACCCUUACAGAGAACAAGAUGGAGUUUAAAUGUGCUAGCAUUGGGGGGCUAGAUUACAGUGGUGGAAAUUCUUUUUCAGAAAGGGAGCAGGGUUACUCAGUGCAAGUUGAUGGGAAUAUUUUGAGGCCAAAGAUGAAGGUCAGUGCUGACCCGGAGCUUCUUCAACUACUAAAGAGCGGAAGGAAUACAAACAAAGGAAAACAAGUCCAUGAUUUUUUUCUUGCAUUGGCAGCUUGCAAUGCGAUUGUUCCUCUUGUUACAGAUACACCUGAUCCUAAAGUUAAGCUGAUAGACUACCAAGGAGAGUCUCCUGAUGAACAAGCAUUGGUUUAUGCUGCUGCAACCUACGGGUUUAUGCUUGUUGAAAGAACCUCAGGCCAUAUAGUUAUUGAUAUCCAAGGACAAAGGCAAAGGUUCAAUGUUUUGGGUUUACAUGAGUUUGAUAGUGAUCGUAAGAGAAUGUCGGUCAUACUUGGGUGCCCUGACAAGACUGUGAAAGUUUUUGUAAAAGGUGCUGAUACAACAAUGCUAAGUGUAAUUGAUGAAUCUGUCAACACAAACAUUAUACAUGCAACAGAAGCUCAUCUCCUUGCUUACUCUUCAGUGGGUUUAAGAACACUUGUUGUUGGAAUGCGAGAACUGACUACUUCAGAAUUUGAGCAGUGGCACUCUUCGUUUGAGGCAGCAAGCACAACUUUGAAUGGUCGGGCUGCUUCGCUACGCAUGGUUGCUGGUAACAUAGAAACCAAUCUCUGCAUAUUGGGUGCCUCUGGAAUUGAAGAUAAACUGCAAAGUGGGGUGCCUGAAGCUAUAGAGUCUCUCAGAACAGCUGGGAUUAAAGUGUGGGUUUUGACGGGUGACAAGCAAGAAACUGCCAUAUCAAUUGGAUACUCUUCAAAGCUCCUCACUCCCAUGAUGACUCAACUUGUAAUUAAUUGUAACUCCAAAGAAUCUUGUAGAAUGCGUUUACAAGAAGCCACAGAAGGAACCUCAGAAAAUGCUUUGACUUCAGCGGCCUUGAUUGUUGAUGGAACUAGCCUUGUUCAUAUUUUUGAGGACACUGAUCUUAAAGAACAGCUCUUUUGGUUGGCAACUAAAUGUUCAGUGGUGUUAUGUUGCCGAGUAGCUCCACUGCAAAAAGCUGGAAUUGUUGAUCUUGUAAAGAGUAGGACUGCAGACAUGACACUGGCAAUUGGAGAUGGUGCUAAUGAUGUGUCAAUGAUCCAAAUGGCUGAUGUUGGAGUUGGCAUCAGUGGCCAAGAGGGCCGGCAAGCUGUAAUGGCAUCAGAUUUUGCGAUGGGGCAAUUCAGAUUCUUGGUUCCCCUUUUAUUGGUCCAUGGACAUUGGAAUUACCAACGAAUGGGAUACACAAUUUUAUACAAUUUUUACAGGAAUGCAGUGUUUGUUUUUGUUUUAUUUUGGUAUGUACUUUUUACAUCUUUCACUUUGACGACUGCAAUCACUGAGUGGAGCAGCGUGUUGUAUUCUGUACUCUAUACUUCUCUACCAACUAUUGUUGUUGGAAUUCUUGACAAGGACCUUAGCAGAAAAACACUUCUAAAGUAUCCUCAGCUUUAUGGAGCUGGUCACAGACAAGAAUGCUACAAUUCAAAAUUGUUUUGGCUAACAAUGAUGGACACAUUGUGGCAAAGUUUAGUAACCUUCUUUAUACCUCUUUUUGCAUACUGGGGAAGCACCCUUGAUGCAUCCAGUAUAGGAGAUCUCUGGACAAUUGCAGUGGUUAUUUUGGUUAAUUUACACUUGGCCAUGGAUGUUGUUCGGUGGACUUGGAUUACUCAUGCAGCCAUUUGGGGAUCUAUUGUUGCAACCUGGAUCUGUGUUACUGUCAUUGAUGCUUUUCCUUCACUAGUUGGUUACUGGGCGAUCUUUCACAUUGCAAGGACCGGAUUGUUUUGGUUAUGUUUGCUUGGGAUUGUUGUGGUCGCUCUUCUUCCUCGCUUUGUUGUAAAAUUUAUUUACCAAUACUACUGUCCAUGUGACGUUCAGAUUGCCAGGGAAGCUGAGAAGUAUGGCAAUCCAAGAGAUUUAGGAGGUGUACAAAAAGAAAUGGAUCCAAUAUUGGAUCAUCAACAGAGAUGACAAGGUGAUUUUGCAAUUUUUUCCCCUUAAUCAAUUCCCUGUUUUCUUUUUUCUUCUCUUUCCUAUAGUGCUUUAUUCUUUGGGCUGCUCUUGAGUUCCCCUCCUGGCUGCCAAAAUUUCAUUAUAUUGCUAUCCGAAGGAUAGAGUCCCCAAUACUAGGCUUGUAUUUAACUUUGUUGUAAUUUUCAUAAAUCAUUUAAUGUAAAUUAGUUUAAGAUGGCUGCCAUCCUAAAAAAAAAAGAAAGGAAAAAAAGAAAAAGAGAGAGAAAAGAAAAGGGAAUGAUUUUACUCUUGUUAUAUGAAAAUGAAAGCACUCAGAUGAUUCAGAUAAUGCCCUAUCGUUGCUAUAAAAGCACUGUACAUCAUUGCCAGUGAUUUUGUAAAUGUAAAGUUGAAACUGGCAUUCGGUCAAAGCUCUCAUCUUUUCCAGUUAUUAGUAACGUGCAUUCUGCUACUUGGCAGCUCCCAGUCUUCAUUCAAUCAAAAAGAGAAAUAAAACAAAACUGUAUUAUGUUAGGCUGGUGAUUUGUAAUGAUGCUCUCUUUCUAAAUUACAUACAUAUAUAUUUUAAUGGGAAACUUUUUUAUUUUCCAUUGUUAA